AUGAGGAGAGGCCCCUUGACAGAAGAGGAGGAGGCGGGGACGCACUCCCGAGCGCCGGGGGCGGCAAAGAAGAGAGACUCCUUGCCAGAGGCGGCAGAGAAGAGAGACUCCUUGCCAGAGCCAGAGGCGGAUGCGUCAUCUGGGACCGAUACGGAGAGCGAGGCAACGAAGAUGGAUGUCUAUCGGGCUGCCCAACUUGCCCGUCCAGAGAUGAGAGGAGUUGGAGAUGACCCGGACGAUUCCGUGACACAAACACAUGGAUCGAGAUCGACCGAGGCAGUUGAGGAGGAUGACUUCACACCGAAAUCUCCAAUCAGCAUGCCCUACAUCCCCGACGAGCUAAAUGAUCCGACUGCUUAUCCAGCGAUAUUCGCCUCCUUCAAGGAGGCCCAAGUUAAAUACACAGCGAAAUUAAGUCGUCGGCUCCGUCUCUUGCCCAACUUGGCACAUUCAUGCCAUCUUCCGAUCGCUGAAUCUGCCAAAGAGGGGGUGCUUCAUGCUGCUAAAUCUAUCAUCAGGCUCUCAUCUUCUGUUGACGGGAAGCCACUGGCCAACUGCUGUGGUUUGUUGAUUAAAUGGGACCCGGAGAGCAAGACAGGGACUGUUUUGACGACCGCACACCUGAUUCGCUCAAAGCAUCCCACGGAAAACCACUGGGAAGGCAGAGACGAGUACAAUAUUAAAGCUAACGUUAUUGUUCACUUGCUGGAUGGCACCACUGCAGAUGGCCACUACCUCUACCACCAGGAGCAUUAUGAUCUUGCCUUUUUUAAGGUUAGAGUGGAUGCACCGGAUUUGCCCUCUUUCAGUGGCAGUGUGCAUUGUGGUCAAGACGUUUUCAGGCUUGGAAGAGAUGACCAUAUGAAUUUAAGGAUAACCCGCGGUAGGGUGGAACAUCAGAAUCCAAGAAGUAAUCAGAGGCAUCACUACAUGUACUUUUUCCAUCAAAAAGAAGAUUCUCUUUCCCAUCCAAAAAAUGACUGUUACCUUCCCGAUAAAAAAAAUGACGAUUAUCUGUGUGAUGACGAUGGAUGGUCCAUCAUUGAUUUGGAUGGGAAGAUCGUUGGACUGGUUAACAAGCACCUUAGGCUUAAGAAGUCUUUGAUACCUUCUUGUAUCUUGGAUAAAUGCGUGGAUUUGUGGUGUGAGUUUCGGUGCAUCCCUCGGCUCCAUCUAGGGAUGAAAUUUUCUUCCAUCAAGCUUCUUGAUCCAACACAUAUUGACAAGAUGUGGCGCAUGUAUAAAAUUAAGGACGGCCUUAUUGUUCAAGAGGUGUCAAAAGAAUCGCAUGCUGAGAAACUUGGAAUCUGUCUCGGUGAUAUUAUUGAACGUUUUAAUGGAGAAUCCAUAUCUACUACAGUUGAGUUGGAAAACAUGUUGCUGGGCAGAUGCAGGGAUCAUUUAGAUCAAGGGAAUCGCUUGAAUGAGAAAAUAAAUGUUUCAAUUCAAGUAUUUCACACGGAGGAACGUCUCCGAAGAAACAUAAAUUUGAUUGUAGAUGUAUCAGAGGGUGGAGAGGUCGUUAAAAGAAGGACAUACCCCAUCACUGCUAUAGAAGGGACGUCUUCAGGGCAAUCUAGCCAAAAUGUGGCAGGGUCCCAAGAUAGGCGAAGGGCGUUGGGUACUUCUGAAAGUGAGUCCAACAAAAUUGAUUUGAGAACUGAGACCGAGGUGAUUCAGCUGUGAUGCCCUCUCGGGAGUAUCGUCAGCAUCUCAGAAGUGAACCAAUAAUGUUAUGUUGCCACAGUUUGUUAGUUUAGCCGUGCCUAAUCACAUUCCAUUGUAGAU